AUGUCCCGGGCACCGCGAGGCGCGGCGGCGCCACCUGGUGGCCCCGCGAGGUCUCUGCGCCCGCUGCGCCGGAAGGGACCCACCGGCGGGGGCGGGAUCCAGGCGCCAGAAUCAGGCCCCUCCCAGAUCCAGGCUCCGGAAUCCAGGGCCCCCCAAUCCAGGCUCCGAAUCCGGAAUCCCCAGAUCCAGGCUCCGGAAUUCAAGAUCCAGGCUGGAGAUCCGGGCCGGGAGCCAGCGGCAGCCGAAGAGCUCAGGAUCGAGCGGGAAACUGAGCGCGAGUUUCCCUCGCGCCCCCGCCGGAAACUACAGCUCCCGGCGUGCCCCGCGCGGCGCCGGCCGGACUACGAGUCCCAGGCUGCCCCGCGGCGGCGGCGCGGCCGCGCGGGCGGGCCCGCCACGCCGCUGUCGCCCACGCGCCUGUCGCGGCUGCAGGAGAAGGAGGAGCUGCGCGAGCUCAACGACCGCCUGGCGCACUACAUCGACCGCGUCCGCGCGCUCGAGCUCGAGAACGACCGGCUGCUGCUCAAGAUCUCCGAGAAGGAGGAGGUGACCACGCGCGAGGUGAGCGGCAUCAAGACGCUGUACGAGUCGGAGCUGGCGGACGCCCGCAGAGUGCUGGACGAGACGGCCCGGGAGCGGGCGCAGCUGCAGAUCGAGAUAGGGAAGCUGCACGCCGAGCUGGAGGAGGCCAGCAAAAGCUCCAAGAAGAGGGAGGGCGAGCUCGUGGUGGCCCAGGCCCGCGUGAAGGACCUGGAGUCCCUGUUCCAGCGGAGUGAGGCAGAGCUGGGCGCCGCCCUCAGCGACAAGCGCAGCCUCGAGGGCGACGUGGCUGAGCUCCGGGCCCAGCUGGCCAAGGCGGAGGACGGUCACGCAGUGGCCAAGAAGCAGCUGGAGAAGGAGACGCUGAUGCGCGUGGACCUGGAGAACCGCUGCCAGAGCCUGCAGGAGGAGCUGGACUUCCGGAAGAACGUCUUUGAGGAGGAGGUGCGGGAGACGCGGCGGCGGCACGAGCGGCGCCUGGUGGAGGUGGACAGCAGCCGGCAGCAGGAGUACGACUUCAAGAUGGCACAGGCGCUGGAGGAGCUGCGCGCCCAGCACGACGAGCAAGUGCGGCUCUACAAGCUGGAGCUGGAGCAGACCUACCAGGCCAAGCUGGACAACGCCAAGCUGCUCUCUGACCAGAACGACAAGGCUGCCAGCGCCGCCCGGGAGGAGCUGAAGGAGGCCCUCAUGCGGGUCGAGUCCCUCAGCUACCAGCUCUCCGGCCUCCAGAAGCAGGCGACUGCCGCCGAGGACCGGAUCCGCGAGCUGGAGGAGACCAUGGCUGGGGAGCGGGACAAGUUCCGGAAGAUGCUGGACGCCAAGGAGCGCGAGAUGACGGAGAUGCGGGACGUGAUGCAGCAGCAGCUGGCCGAGUACCAGGAGCUGCUGGACGUCAAGCUGGCCCUGGACAUGGAGAUCAGCGCCUACCGCAAGCUCCUGGAGGGCGAGGAGGAGAGGCUGAAGCUGUCCCCCAGCCCGUCGUCGCGGGUCACCAUCUCACGGGCCGCGUCGAGCGGCAGCAGCGUGUCCACGGCCGGGCGCUCGGGCCGCAGCAAGCGGAAGCGGCUGGAGGCGGAGGAGGCGCUGGGCUCGGCCUCGAGCGGCAUCGGCGUCGGCAGCGGCAGCUUCCACCUGGCCCAGCAGGCCUCGGCCUCGGGCAGCGUCAGCAUCGAGGAGAUCGACCUGGAGGGCAAGUUCGUGAGGCUGAAGAACAGCUCGGACAAGGACCAAUCUCUGGGGAACUGGAGGAUCAAGCGGCAGAUCAUAGAAGGGGAGGAGAUUGCCUACAAGUUCACGCCCAAGUACGUGCUGCGGGCCGGCCAGACGGUCACGGUGUGGGCAGCUGGUGCGGGGGUGGCCCACAGCCCCCCCUCAACGCUCGUCUGGAAAAGCCAGAGCAGCUGGGGCACAGGCGAGAGCUUGCGGGCUGUGCUGGUCAACGCCGACGGGGAGGAAGUGGCCAUGAGAACCGUGAAGCAGUCCUCGGUGGUGCGGGAGGCCGAGAACGGGGAGGAGGGAGACGAGGACGGAGCCGAGUUCGGCGAGGAGGACCUUUUCCAUCAGCAGGGGGACCCGAGGACCACCUCCCGAGGCUGCCGCGUGAUGUGAAUGAACACGCCUCAUCCCACACCUUUCUUUACCCAGAGCCACUGAAAACUAUUUUUAUAUCAUUGGCGCUCUUUAGUCCU